AAACAGUUCGUCUUACCUUCAGUUACAACCUGUGAAUCGUCGAGACCGAUUCUUCGAACGGUUUUAUCGUCGCGAACCAUGUUUUCGUCGUAAAAUCACGAAUACGUACGCGAAAAAAAGGUUCGUUUUUUCGGUUCUUUUUUUUUUCUCUUUCGGAGUGAAAAGUUGUAAUUUUUAAGAGAAUUUUUACGAUUAGUUUGGUGAUGUUUUUUGGUACGUGAUGAUCAUGAUGGAGUAGUCUUCGAUCGAUGUAACGAUUUGAUCGAGUUCAUAGCUGGAAAUUUUUUAUCAAUGACAGGAAUGAUUCACCAUCGGUUGUAUUGACUCCCCGAGUGGCUGAGUCAACCAGGUGACAAAUCAGGAGGUGCUUCAUCAGCCUCGGUGUAUAGAGGGAAAUAAUAAGUGAGAGAAAGAGUCUUACAUUAGUAACAGAUAGCUCGUAAAAAUGGAUUCAACAACGAGCACGCUGUCUACCAUCCUCGAUAUCGAUUCCUUAUUCGGUACGUGGACCAAAGGAGUUGUAAGAUGAAAGCUCGUACUCGUAAUUCGCAGUAAAGUGGUAGAUUUCAUCAUCGGGCCCUCGGCUGUCGGCGUACUCGACAGCACCAUCAUCAUCAGCUCGCCAGCGCCAUCGCCAUCGCCACCGACGACAGCAACGACGACGACGACGACGACGGUGUGUAUGUAGAGUAUGCAAAAAUUUAAACACACGUUUAAACGAUCUAAAACGCCGACUGGUGCCGAGAUGAAGAUUCAAAGUAGCCUGGAGGUGCCGAAGCAAAUUCGAUCGGCUUCGUUCGACGAGAUGAAGUUGGGAUCGCAUCGAACCCUGUACGAGCAGUCGUCCGUUGACUCGGGGACGGCCGGAGGUGGUCUGCUGCAAGUACCUCUGGCCGUGUCCGCCAGUCAACGCUCUAAGAGCUUCGACUCGUCCGGAACGGGUGGCACGACGCCGCCGGAUGACACUCGUAUGUUCCUGGAAGUGCCAUCGCGUCAGCUUACACCGCGUCGUAAAGCAUCGAGUGAGAAAUCACCGGUGUUCUGCGUGCAUUGUAUGUAUCUUGAGGAGUUGAAUAAAUCCGGUAGCAGGCAGUCGUCCGGCGAAGACGGGCCGAGUAGUUCGAGAUCGUUGACUUAUAGCGAUACGUCGACCAGCGAUGAUUUCGAUAGCGAGAACGAGUACGCAGACGAAGAGAACAGCACCGACGCUAGCGAAUGCGUAUCUCCGGCCACGUCUCAGUUCCGUAUCACGGUCACCUUGUCGCCGAACACGACGCCCCCUAUGCCACCCUCGACGCUGGAUAUACCGAAAUUCGGCGACGACGAAGAGAUCCCGCAGACAACCAGUCGGCGCAGAUCGAUCACGUCGCCGAAGCUAGAACGUCAGGAAGCCUUCAUCUUCAACGAAUCGGGCGAGAAUUUGCUAGAUAGCAUGGAUUCGAUGGCCGCAGCCACCGCAUCCGCUGCUAGCAUACCUUCGCCGACGACCAAAUCGGAAGACGUGGUCGUCAGCGAGUUCUUCCUUCAGGUGCCGGAUCUGAAACGAGAUCGAGCCGUCAGCGUAGACUCGUGUUUCAUCAGCAAGAGCUCGCAUUCGGGUAAACCGGAAGAAGUGGUACCUGUACCGGCGUCCCAGCUUCUCGAACCACCUAGUUUAACUGUGAAUAACGCGGCUAGAUCUCGCUCCGUUGAUAUAGUAUUGCCUACCCAUGAGCAAGCCAGGUACAAAGCUCUAUCUACCAGUAAUACUAUAUCGCCGGCGCCUAGGUUUCAAGAUGCCACCGCACCGUCUACCGUUCCUACUGCUGCUACCUCAGGACGAGGAACACAUCCUGAUACAAUCGGCGAAACUGUUACCAGAUCCAUUAGAUCAACUCCAGACUGGACCGAUCAAGCUGUGAAUGGAGAGCAUCUUUGGGUUCCUACCUCCGUUUCGGGGGAUUUUUGUUAUGCCGGCGAGCAAGAUUGUAUGAAACACGGAAGUCGUUACCGAUGCUCGUCGUGUAAAAUAGUAGCUCACCAGAAUUGCGUACCAAUCAUAAUGGAAAGGACGAGAUUCACGUGCAAACCGAGUUUUCGAGACGUUGGCAUUAGGCAAUACAGAGAGCACACGUGUAUACAUCACCAUUGGGCACAUCGCAGAUCUCAAAAAGGAAAAUGCAAACAAUGUGGAAAGUCCUUCCAGUCCAAAUUGUCUUUCAGUUCAAAGGAAAUAGUGGCUAUAAGCUGUUCAUGGUGCAAAGACGCUUAUCACAAUAAGGAUUCUUGCUUCAAUAUGAAUAAAUUAGAAGAAGAAUGUAAUUUAGGAAAGCAUAGCAGUAUUAUUGUACCACCAUCGUGGAUCGUCAAGUUACCGCGAAAAGGUAGUUUUAAAUCGAGUCUUAGAAAAUCACCCAAGAAGAAGCAAUCGAGUAAAAGGAAGAAUAAAGAAAAGAGCGAGAAAGAAUAUCAAAGAGCUUUCGUCAUAAAACCAAUUCCCACCGCCAACGUAACACCUGUGAUAGUUUUUAUAAAUCCUAAAUCUGGAGGUAACCAGGGAGCCAAGUUAUUGCAAAAAUUUCAAUGGCUUUUGAAUCCGAGGCAAGUUUUCGAUCUGAAUAACGGUGGCCCGAUUCUUGGGUUGGAAUUGUUUCGUAAGGUACCGAAUUUAAGAAUUUUAGCUUGCGGCGGAGAUGGCACAGUCGGAUGGAUUUUAUCGGUAUUGGAUAAAAUUCAAUUCAUACCUCCUCCACCGAUCGGUGUCUUACCACUUGGCACCGGUAACGAUUUAGCCAGAGCUUUAGGAUGGGGAGGGGGCUACACUGACGAACCGAUAUCGAAAAUUUUAUGCAAUGUAGCCGAUAGCGAGAUAACCAGACUGGAUAGAUGGGAAUUGAAAGUAGAAAAGAAUACAGAUUCUCAAGCCAGCGAAGACGGUAAAGAUAAUCUGCCUUUGAACGUGGUCAAUAAUUACUUCUCGUUCGGAGUCGAUGCUCAUAUCGCUCUGGAGUUUCACGAAGCCAGAGAAGCGAAUCCGCAAAAAUUCAAUUCAAGACUGAAAAACAAAAUGUUCUAUGGGCAAAUGGGCGGCAAAGAUUUGCUGAAAAGGAAAUGGAAAAAUUUAGCCGAAGUUGUUACCUUAGAAUGUGAUGGAAAAGAUUUAACCAAUAAGCUUAAGGAACAUAAGGUCCAUGCUGUGGUGUUUUUAAACAUUCCAAGUUACGGAGGUGGUACUCAUCCGUGGAACAGAGCUUAUAACGAACAAGCCACAGAUGACGGAUUAAUAGAAGUAGUUGGCCUUACCACUUACCAAUUACCCCUCUUACAAGCCGGCGGCCAUGGAACCUGUCUAUGUCAAUGUAAGACUGCACGUAUAGUGACGAGUAAAACGAUACCGAUGCAAGUGGACGGCGAAGCUUGUAGACUUAAUCCUUCAAUUAUUACGCUUAGUUUCCUUAAUCAAGCUCAAAUGCUCACCAAAUGUAAAGGAAGUAAAGUAUACAUCGAACAAGCGCCCGAGCAAUUACAUUUACCAAUAUAUAAAAUUAGUAUGACCGAUUACGAACAACACCAUUACGAUAAAAAUCGUCUGAGAGAGACGGCUGUAUAUUUAGGUGAUAUUAAAGCGACAGCUGCUACAGAUUUAGAACAAGUACGAUCGAUAGUGAACAAAAUGCUAAUAGAGGAGAAAAAUGCCGAAUCGGAUGCUGCAACCAGGCUAUCUUCAGAUUGGUGUUUCGUCGACUCUUGCACAGCUGAGAGAUUUUUUCGAAUCGACCGAGCUCAAGAGCAUCUACAUUAUUUGACGGAUAUCGCUCACGAGACGUUAUUUGUACUCAAUAUGUUGGCUCAAACUCCAGAUGAAGAUGGACCUUUCCCUACCCUUGGACAAUCGCCGGAACUCAGCCCCAGCGAAGAAACAUCUAAAGAAUCCUCUUUGGAUAAUAGUAUGCAUCAAGAGCACGCUUGCGUGGAUAAAGUAGAUCAGGCCCCAGAUGUAUACAGCGUCAUAUCGAACACCUCUAGUACUGGUACAACGGAAAGCGUGCCUAGCGAACCCAGCGAAAGAACCAGUGAAAGGGUGAUCCAAGCUGCUAAAAUGGGUGAUUUGAAAACAAUGAAAGAAUUACAUUGUAAUGCGGGAUACUCGUUAGAAGGUGUGGACGAACUGGGUCAAACUUGUUUACAUCACGCUGCCGCAUUAGGUCAUCGUGACAUGGUCAAGUUCAUUUUGAACUGCGCUCAUCCUUCAUUAAUUAAUAAGAAAGAUAUCAGAAAGCAAACCGCUCUACACAAAGCAGCUGCAGUAGGCGAGAGAAAAAUAUGCGGAAUGCUGGUGGCAGCCGGCGCGUCAAUUAGAUCUCCAGAUGCCGAUGGCCAGACUCCUAAGAUGCUUGCGUCCAAAUUCAGAGAUCUCGAUUUAGCGGCGUAUUUUGAAUGAAUUCCGCUCACUUUGCUUCAGUCAAACGUUACUCUGCGGCUCUGUAUCAGAUGAACAACUGAGAAAUAACCUAAACAAAUGUAAUGAUAAUCUACGAAUUGUGUUUUCUACAGCCCAAGAACACUUCCAGAUCGUUUCGAAAGACGUGGAAACGAACGUUUAGAAUAAUUCAUUACACCAUUAUACUACAAACGAGUACAUAAUACAUCGAUCAAAUGUCUUCAACUUGGAGGAUAAGUAACGAGUAUUUAGCUUACAAAGGUAUCUUCGGUAGAAUAAUCCAAGUUGCUGAUUCCUGUAGCUUCUCAGCGUGUUGAUUAAAAUGCCAAUACGUACUUAGGCAAAGGAAACCGAAUCAAAUUUCCAUCAGUAUUUUACAUACACCGUGUAUUCAUAAUUAAUCAAAUUUUACCUACUUACUGUUGUACCUAUGAGAUGAAAUUUUGCCAAUUUUAAUCGUCUAUUUUACUUAGUAAAUGAAUUUACUUACCUACCGUUUAUUUAACUUUUUUUUUUUAGUAUUGUAAUACUUUUUGAAUUGUUGACUUCUUUUUUCCUUUUCUUUUUUUGUUUGUACGAUAAUGUAAAAAAAAGUAAUUUUAAAUUUAUUUGGGAACACCAAGUGUAAUUUUUCUCUCGUCAUCUAUACCUACCUAUGAAUUUUACAUUCUAUGAUACUAUUCUAUAUAUGUUUUGGUUUUGUAAUGUACCUAUUUUUACUGUUAUUUUGUUUCGUUUUUUUCUUCAUUUCUUCGUUUUGUUUGAGGUUUUUACUUGUAACUUAUUGAAAUGUCACAUAUCAUUGCACCAAUUACCACUUGUUACGUUUUUUUGUUUUUGUUUUCGUUUGUUUUGUUUUAAUAUUUUGAAAAAUGCUUUAAAAUACCCUACUUUACUUUCUGCCGAGCAAAAAAAAAGCUUGUAACGCGUCUAAAAAAAUAUGUAAAAAUUGAAAACAAUCGCUUUGUAAAAUAGAACGAUUGUGUUAUGAGAGCGUUUUGGUGUUGAAUAGGAGGAAGGGGUGGAAACCUAUAAUUGGAAGUAUUUAGUUCGCCUAGAAGUACCAUUACGAGUUGCUAAAAUUGUCGCAAUUUUUCGCAGCGAUAAGUGUAUAAAUAUUUUUCUGUUUAAAAAGUAAAAUAGACAAUCAUAUUAAUUUUAUUUUUGAAGAAUUUAAUUCUUUUGUAUGGAAAUGUGUACUUACUUGUAUUGUUAAAAGUUCUCUCUUUCGUUUGUCUGUUUUGCGUUUUUUUGAUUAUUUUUUACAUUUUAGGCGUUUUUUUCUCUUGUCUGUCGUUGUUUGCGGGUCCAGUGUAGUUUCUUGUUAGCUUAUUCUGGUUUAUAACAUUUUUGUAUUGUGUAGGUACGACGUCUUGUUUUAUUUUUUACCUUUUAGCAUUCAAAAAAUUCUGUUGUUCAGUAUUUUUAGCUCACCUUAAUGUGUACUUGUACCUAUGUUUUUUUUUUUAAUGUAUACGACAUUAUAGGAUUAUAAAGCAAUAAUUACUAUUUACUAUGAACAAUGUAAUUGAGCAUGAAAUACAGAUCGUUUUAAUUUCCAAA